UUACCAAAAACACUUGCACUCCAGUACUUCUUCUUCAAUGUCAUUUCUUUCACAGCCACAAAUCUCAAACUUUUCACUCCCCAUAACAAAUCAUGAAAAAAACACCAGCAGGGAAAAUCUUGGCACACAAGAUGCUGAAAACCCAACUUCAUUUCAAACCCUUCAUCACCAUCUCAUUAGCAUUACUUUUCUUGAAUCCCCAGUUGAGUCUCGGUGGUGGGUCUUCAGUAAUGGGCCUAAAUCCGGUGAAAGGCAGCGACUUUGAUGUAAUGGUUAAAAGGGGUUGCGUUGGAAAGAGCAGUGAGUGCACUGCCAUGGCUAUGGAGGAAGAAGAGAUGGAUUCUGAGAGCAAUAGGAGGGUUUUGCUGAUGCGGAAGAGGUACAUUAGCUAUGAGACUCUGAAAAGAGAUUUGGUGCCCUGUGAUACUCCAGGUGCUUCAUAUUACAACUGCAAGGGUCCUGGGAAAGCUAACACUUACAACAGAGGGUGUGAGAUCAUCACAAGGUGUGCUAGAGAGGUGAAUGGCAUCAAUUCUUGAUGGGAUUGUAGUACAGAGAUGAAAUUGGUAAAGUUUUUUUAACUGUGCUUGGAACAUUUUGCUGAUUUUUGGUUUAGGAUUCUUUGCUUUGUUUGUUGUAAAUGUGAAGAUUUAUCUGUCUAUUUUCUGUUUUGACUGUUUAUGUUUAAUUUCAUCUGAUGCCAUUGAGAAUAA